GCGUAACAUCACAAACAAUAUUUGUUAGGACCCUCUCCGCCCUUAAAGAACUGAUAAAAUGGAUAGGUGGAUUGGUAAGGUGGCUAUCAUCACGGGGGCCAGCUCAGGUAUAGGAGCAGGAAUUGCAAAAAAAUUGGUAGAAGAAGGAAUGACGGUAGUGGGGUUGGCCAGGCGCAUAGACAAAAUGGAAGAGUUAGCUCGAACACUUUCCGGAAAACGAGGAUACCUCUACCCCGUGAAAUGUGAUAUCACAGUCGAAUCUGAUAUUCUGGACGCCUUUCAAUACGUGAAGAAUAAUUUGGGGCCCAUUCACGUAUUGGUAAACAAUGCGGGGGUAGCAAAAAAUACAACUUUGAUGGACGGAGAUACUGAAAGCUGGAAACAAAUUUUGGAUGUUAAUGUGAUGGGACUAGCGAUUACAACGAGGGAGGCUAUCAAGGAUAUGAUUGAGAAUCAAAUUGAUGGACAGAUAAUCAAUAUUAACAGUGUGUUUGGACACCGAGUAAGCCAGAAUGUGCCACUGAAUAUAUACCCAGCGAGCAAAUUUGCUGUGACUGCUUUUACUGAGUCUCUGAGAUACGAAUUCUGUAAUGCUAAGUCUCGAAUCAAAGUCACUAGUUUGAGCCCGGGAUUUGUCGUAACAGAAAUAUUCGAAGCCAGUGGAAUCAGUGCUGAGAGUCUAGCAGAAUUAUUUGAAGGAAACUUACCUGCCUUAAACCCAGAAGAUAUCGCCGCCGCAGUGAUUUAUAUUUUAUCUACUCCACCUAAUGUUAUGGUAACCGAAUUAGGAAUACAACCUGUUCACCAAGUCGCUUGAAAUAUAUAGAAAAUAUUUUCAUUAGAAUAGGAGAAACAUAGUGAAAUCAAGAAAUCCAAUGAUAGUAUUUGAAGUUAAUGAACUGCAUGUCCAAAUGAAACAAAAAAUAAAUAACAUGAUA